UUCUAGUUUUGUGCAAUUUGAUGAUUUCCGCGAUUAUAAAUGAGUCAGUGGAGUAAAUUUUCGUGGUGUGCAAUAAAUCGCGAGUCGGUUGAUCCCUUUUCCAGCAUUUUUUAAUUCACAUAAUUAAUCGUGCGAACUCAACCCCCUUCAUCCGCCGGCCUUGACUUAAAUCUGGUUUAUUCGCCCCGCAAUGUUGGUACUCCAAUUAAAACUUUUGUCCGUUUGGAAGGUUUGAAAUAGUUUUUUCGAGAAAAAUCGUGAUAUUUAAUUAGAAAAAGUGGAAAAUGCAGGGCAAGAUCCAGUACUCCGAUAAAUACUACGACGACGAAUAUGAAUACAGGCAUGUAGUGCUCCCCAAAGAAAUGGUCCAGCUAGUCCCGAAAACCCACCUCAUGACGGAAGCCGAGUGGAGACGAAUUGGGGUACAGCAGAGUAGGGGAUGGGUGCAUUAUAUGACCCACUCGCCAGAGCCACACAUUCUGCUGUUUAAACGACCAAUCACGGCACCUCCAACCCAAAAGGGGCACUAAAUUGUUGGUUAUCUUGUACAUAUGUUAAAUUUGGAGCCCUUCAAGCACAUGUGCAGUACUCAGUUGGGUCGGAUGAUUCACAUAAAAUUUAAAUAAGGCUGUUUGUUUAGGCUAGUUCCCAUUCAUUGUAUUAAGCUUAUGGUUACAGUUCCGAGCUGCUUCCUAUGUAAACAUUUUACGUUAAAUAUAUUUUUUAGCAAUAAA